AUGACGCCCAGCUUCUUAGGUCGGAUUAAUCUAAAUUCUCAUCUUAAGUGUGUUUCUCUUUUUAUCAAGAAAAGUUUCGAUUUUGUGAAAUUUGCAGGGCUGCUGUUGGCAUCAUUGGCUAGUUUGUACGUGGGAUACUUACUUGCUGAUCUUGUACCCACCCAGAGAGUAGCAAGAUCUAUUGCUAAUCUUCAAGACAUUGGGAAGAAACCAGUGUUAAGGGCCCCAGUCCCAAAAAGGCAGAAGUGUGAUCACUGGUCGCCCUGCCCACCUGGGCACUACGCCUAUCGGAUUCUUAGUGGUGUUGGCAAAGACAGUGCACCUAAAAUUUGUUUUGAGGAUGAGCUGCUCAUAAGCAGAGAGAAGGGUAAUGCUGGAAGAGGUAUAAACAUUGCCGUUGUGAAUUAUAAAACAGGAGCAGUUACAUCAACAAAAUGUUUUGACAUGUGGGAAGGAGACCACUCAGGAGAGAUGAUGACAUUCAUUAAAAAUGCACCAGAAGGGUCCCUUCUUUUGAUGGCAACUUAUUAUGAUGGAAGCGUUGGGCUAAAGAAUGACGCAAGAAAUUUAGUGAAAGAGCUGGGAAGUAAAGAAAUAUGGAAUAUGAAGUUCAGGUCCAGCUGGGCUUUUAUAGGUGCCAAAGGCUUCAAGCUGCCAGAUGAUACCCAAAAAGAAAAGAUAAACCACUCUGACAAGAAAAGCAACAGAUACGGUGGCUGGCCAGCUGAAAUCCAGAUAGAGGGCUGUAUCCCAAGAAACCUCAUCUGA